GCAGUAAACCAGUUCCGGGUCACCGCUGAUGUUUUUAGAGAAUACCGCGUUGGGAAAUUGACUCGAUGCAUCGUUAUUGACGGAAACGGGACGAAGUAAUUAUAGGCAAAGAAAAUUAAAAUUGGCGGGAAGAAGAAUAAAUCACCGGCGGAAAUUGGAUGAUGGUACAUUGAAAUGGUAUAUGGGCACAGUACGGCAACGAUGGUCAUCCACAUACAGUGUACCAAGUGUUAUAUGAUGGCGAAGACGAGGCAUAUUGAUGUUGAGGACCUUCAAAAUGAUUAUCUUGACAGUUCUUUGAAAUUAGGUGAUUUAUAAGAAAAAUAUUGCUCAGAUGCACUAGUGCAGACUAUAUCUGGACUUUUCCCAUUCAUAAGCUUGUUUAUAUGGUGAACUAGGAAUUUAUUUCGUCUUCAAAAAUUGGCUACAUUACAGGUAAAUGAGACUACGCAGAACUUGAACCAAUGUUGUCUUAGGAUUGGGUAAUAGAUAAGACAUAUACGAUGGCGGAAACAAAAGUUCCAGAGGAAGUGGCUCAUGAUCCUUACAAACUGUUGUUGUAUAAAAAAGCACUGCGCAAAGGAAAAGAAAGAGAAAAUACUCUUCGCAUUAAUGUCGUAGGUAAUUUUGCGCAAGGUAAAACGUCUUUAGCAAACAGACUGAUUGGAAGGACGUGCGAAGGAGUUACAAGUACAAACGGUAUAGAAGUCAGCAGAUAUAGAUGUCAGAUAUCUGGCGAUGGAAGCUGUACUCUAAAAACAUUAGAAAAUAAAAGUCAAGAAUUUGUUAUUCGGGUUGCAACAAUUGCCCAUUCAGAAGAAAUAAGUAAAGGAUUGCAAAGGCAAGAAACAAAGAAGAAUGAUCAUUCAGUGCAAACAAAAAUCAAACAAGAAACUUCACAUCCACCAGCGCCAUCAGUCGAGAAGGAAGCUAUUGCAAGCAACGUCAAUGACACGCAAGAUAUUGUCAAGCCUUGUUUAAUUCAAACACCUGAGGUUAAAAAGAAAAAGCGUAUGGCACUGUCUUCUAAAGAGUUAGUAUCAUUUUCUGAUGUAGUAGAAAAGCCAAACGACAUUCUACCAAAAUACAUUGAUAUAUGGGACUUUGGGGGACAAUACAUAUUUUAUGCUACUCAUAUGUUGUUUCACAGUAGUAGAGCGUUAUACCUGUUGGUUUUUGACUUAACAAAACCUCUUGAUACCAUUGUGAGAGACGAAGAGUUUCCGGGAGAGACGGGAGAUAGAAAUAUGGAAUAUUUUGCGAGGUUUUGGUUAGAAUCAAUUGAUACAUACGUUGGUCCUGGUCCACAAGUUGUACUUGUUGGUACACAUAAAGACGAACUUGAGGGACAUGAUCCAUCUGGGAAAGAAUAUUUUGAAAAAGUAAGAUGCUUAGUUGAGGAUACUGAGCUGAUAAAGCAUAUCCAAAAGGAACACUUUGCUGUUGAUAAUUAUGCUAUUUCAGAUCCUGGUAUUGCAGACCUCCUUGAGUUUAUCUUAAAAAAGCAUGAAGAGCUAGCACAACCUAUCGAGGUCCCUGCACGUUGGUUACCACUAGAAAAAGCUCUAAGGACAUGGCAGACGUCGAAGAUAAUCUCAUUUCAAGAUGUAAUAGAGUUGGACAAAGAAAAUGAGUACCCUUUGCAAGAUGAAGAGCAGAUAAAACUCUUUCUUUACUAUCAUCAUGAAAAAGGCACAUUUUUCUUCUAUGAUGAAGGCAAUUUUGUUUGUCUUGACCCAAAGUACUUGAUAGAUGCUUUUAAAUGCAUUAUUACUUCAGAGCAUUUCUGCAAAGAUGACCCUGACAUUCGUCCUCUUUGGAAAACUUUGUCAAAAGAAGGCCGGCUACCGCAUCGUCUUGUUGACAAGGUGUGGUCAAACAGUGAUGCGGAUUUCAUGAAACAUAAAGGUGCCCUUCUUGGAUUUUUGAAGAAACAAAACAUUAUAGCGGAAGUAGAAGAAUACAAUGCAGAAUCUGACGAUAAUAAGCAGCAAGAAAGCUUCAUUGUUCCAAGUUUACUUAAGAAUCAUUGCUCGAAUGAAGAAAUGGAUUGUUUUCUCAAUUUGAAAACUCAGUCACAAGUUAGAUUUUCGAUGAAGUUUGAAAAACAAUCAUGUGUACAUAUGCUCUAUAGUAAAACCCUUGCUGCGGGCCUAGGUAUCUGGCCCGUAGUAUACUGUCGCAAGAAACGGUUGUUGUUUGAAAAUAUUUGUGUCUUUGAACUCGGUAGAAAUCAUGCAGGGCUUUUGGAAAAGAGGACAGACACAGAUAGUGGAACAAUAGAACUAAGAGUUAUAAAUCUUCUGCCAAAACCAGUUGAAAGUCACCUUGCUGGCGAGUUUAGACGUUUUGUUGAAUCUGUUGUUCUGUAUGAAUUUCGAAGAGUGAAUUAUCACAAGGGAGAAAAGGACAAACUGUUUUCACCUGCCUACAGAUGCAACCAUGCGGAUCAUGGCCCAAACGGAGGUAGUCGAUUAGCUCAUUUUAAAAAAGAUGUGGAUGUAUUUUGUCCAGAUAACGUCACCCAUGAAAGUUUUGACUACAAAAGGGCAAAGGAAGAAUGGUCUUCCGAAAACACAUUUGGGGAAGUGUUCCCGAAUAUGCAAUUAACAGAAAAAAUCCUCAGUAAGUUGGCUCAGUUAGCAAUUGGGAAAAACUGGCAACUACUGGGACCUGAACUUCAGAUUAACAGAGCCGAAAUCGAUCAUAUUGAAGAACAAAACAAAACCAUUGAGAUGCAAAUCUAUAAAAUGCUUCUAAAAUGGAAAGACAGAUCAGCAGACAAAGCGACGUUGGAUAUGUUAGUUGAAGCGAUAAAGAAAUGUCCAGGCGUGAGCAUUUACUGGGAUGAAAUAAAAAACAUUAGAGACAGAUAUCUAAGAGAGCAGAAAAAGCAAACAACUGAUCUAAUUCAGCCACUAUCAAACAAGACUGUUGAAGUCAAUGAGACAUUGACUUUGGAGUGUGAAAUUACUACGUCUAACGUCUUAGUCACGUGGUUCAAAGGUGAUGAACCUAUCAUAGAGGAUGGUCGUAAAACGAUAUCGUCACACAGAGGCCUUCACCAACUUGUUAUUAGAGAUGUUUCAACAGAGGAUGCUGCGAAAUACGCAUUACAAUUUGGCGAGUCUAAAACAGAAUGUAUCGUUAAAAUCGAUGACCCCUGUGGGAAUUUGAAGUUCGUUAAAGAACUUGUAGAUAUAGAGGUAGGAGACACAGAUAGCCCAGUUACAUUCACCUGCGAACUCAAUUCAAGCCAAGCCCAGGUAGAAUGGUACUUCCGUAAACAACCUUUAUAUCCGUCAAACAAGUAUGCAAUAACAGUUGAUGGAUCUGUUCAUAUGCUGACUAUUAAGGAUGUUUCAGAGCAGGAUGAAGGCAAAUACAUGGUAUUAGCAAAAGAACUUAAGUCUGAAGCUGAACUGUACAUAGAAGACACAGAAGAUGAAAGAUACCUGUUGGAACAACACAGAAAAAGACGUAAAGCACAAGAGGUUCCGUUUGAAAAAAUACUGAAUAGGCAGAUAGAUGAUAUAAAACGUCAAACUGAGAAAGCGUUACAGACUGUCAUAGAAGCGAACUGUGACCAAAGGGAAAAAGAAAAGAAAGCAUUGCCUCUUUUGUUUGAAUUCGUUGAGAUGAUCCAGAAUCGGGAUAACUUCUCUAAAGAAGAAAUCAAACAGAUGAUAGAACAAAGGAUUCGAUAUCAUGAUGACCUCUAUCUCCAGAUAGUAGACGAUUUACUUGACUGGUUUAGAGAUAGAAGAGAUAUUCCAGACGCAGAACUUGGAAUAACUGCAAAAUUAGGUUAAGAAUAUUUUAUUGCAAAUGUUACACAAGAUAUAUUCAUACACAUACAGACAGACAUAACAACACAAGCAAUAGGAUAUUGACGGAGGUAUUGAAAUACUUAUCGAGUCAACAUCCGGAAAGAUAAUAUUUACAAUACUAUGGAUUGCUGUGUAACACAUUCUUAGUUAUUCAUGAAAAGGAAAAAGCAAAAUGAAAAAUAAAAAAAGAAAAAAAAAAGAGAAAACAACAAAAUGCUCAAAAAUGGAAGGUAAAGGUGAAAUAAAAGUACUAGUACAUUGCUUUUUUAGUAUUCAGAAUGUUUUAGCAAAAUUAGGUAACCAUAAAGAUUACAGUAUGAAAUAGUGCAUAGAAAAACUAUAUUCACUAGAAUGAAAAGGGAAGGCAGAAAAUAUGUAGAGGAAAUGUUCAGCUGCCCCAAACCACUCCUAGCUUUAUAUACAUAACAGUAUUGUUGUCUGGAGAUAAUGACAGUGUAAAACAGUGUUGGGGUCAGAUCGCAAGUCAAGUAAACCGAAUCAUGUACAGCGAAACCAAAAAGUGCGAGGGGCAUCUAUAGCAGAUCAUUCGAGAUUCAAACAGAUGUAAUUCUUACUUAGAAAAGAUGCCCAACAUAACUUACAGGAAGGGAGUAGCCAGUCGUAGCAAGAUGUGUCUCCAGCCUCAUUAGGAUACCGCCAGGAGUAAUGACAAUAAACCGUAAGUGACUAACCAUUGUCAAAUGGAAACAAGUAAUACAUAUUUCUGAAGUAUCCUUUGAAUACUGCAAGACUAUUUCUAGAAGUGGUGGGGCAAAACUUAGCCAGGGCAAGCUGAGUUACUGAAUAGGCAGUGAUAAAGAAGGGGAGUAAAAAUAGAAUAAGCAGGACAUGAAAAGAAUCAAAGACUUUUAUCGUGAAUGGCACACGAAACAUCUGAUAGUAUCAAAACUAAUUCCAGUUUAGUAAAAGUAAUUUACUGAAAAAAGUGCUUUAAAGGUGCAAAAUAAAGACAAAUUAAUAGACAUAAAUCUUACAACAAGACUACACAUUUUGAAGUAUACUACUAAACAUUACGAUAGCCGUGCAAUAUUCCCUUGAAAUCAACACAUGUACAGAGAAACAAAUGAUUGUUUCUAUAUUUUCUUAGACUGAGAUGGGUGGUCAUUUUUUCCUACUUUCGUGUUUAUCACUUUUCCGUAAUCGGUCGGAAAUUCUUCGGGAUCACAUGAUUUUAAAAUUAAUUCAUACAAAUAUCCGUUUAAAGACGCGCGACAAAAUAACUGUAUUUCCAUGAUGGUAAUUAUACACGAUUUGCAUGAAAAUUAUGAGAUGUGCAAAUUUUUAGUUUCAAAUUGACAGUGACAUAUAUUAGGCCAAGACAAUGUGUUUAAUGUCUAAAAUUUUAUUGAAUUAAUGUAGCCAUGAUAUGUACAUAAAUUAUUGUAUUUGGGUAAAUUUCAAUCACAUUUUGUUUCUACAGUGUAAGAUAGUUAUUCAUUUAUAUUCUUAAAACUAUGCUGAAAAGAGAUUAACUGAAAAAGUUUGCAGACGAAGUUGUGAAAAACUUUUAUUCGGGAAGGGCCUAAAUUGUCCUCCUGAAAACUUGUAGUAUAGCUGUAUAAUACCUGUAUCAUAAGAAUGAUUUUCAUGAAGUUUUUGUGAGUUACAAAAAUGUUGAAUUCCCUGUGCUAAGUUUGUAAAAGUCACGUUAUCGUUUGGGCAUAUAAUAUAUGUUGCAUCUAUGUGUAGGUUACUAACCGAGUAGGAGGUGUUCAUGAAAUGAAAAUACCCGCGCUCGUGCGAAUCGUGACACCGAGAGCGCGUAGCGCUCGAGGUGUUACCGCACGAGCGCGGAUAUUUUCAUUUCAUGGACACCGUUCUAAGAGGUAAGUAACUGACUUACACAACGUCAUUUUAAUUUGUUAGUUUUUAUUUAUUUAUUCAUUUAUUUAUAAGUCUUUCCUUCUCCCAGUCAGAAAAUAAAUUAUAUUGGGAAUUACUUUAACUUCAGCAGGUAAAUUGAAAUACGUAAAAUGAUAUUAAAAAAGUUUAUGAAAGUUCUGCUAAUUGGCCAAUGUAAAUGCAUUUUUGUUUACCAAUUAUUUGUUGGGAGUUUUUUUUUUAUCUUUUAAUGCACAACUUCACACUUCGGUUGCAUGUUUAUAAAACAUUUUUCAUGAUAAACUUAGUUUCGGACUCUGCAUUUACGGUUUCGUCGUGGUCGUGGUCGUUAUCAUCAUCAUCAUCAUCAUCAUCAUCUAACAACAAUAAUUAAAAUGAUUAUCUUCUUCUUCUACUCCUUCCUGUUAAGUACUGAGCCGUGAAUGUAUCUUGUAGAUGAAAACAUGACGAUCGUGAUUCAAAGGUCAGAAUAUACAAUAUUUAAAAAAGAAGUAUACAUUUGUAAAUGCUACUCGACGCAGGUAUUGUCUAUUUUCCGUAAGUAUUGACCUGGCACUCACUAAUCUUCACCAGUAUUUUCGGGGGUUUCCAUUAUUUUACGAAAUUUGUAUCCUAAAAUAACCAAUAUAAAUAACCAAUGGCACGGUGGCAUAGUGGUAGCUAUCUGACUGCCACGCACGAUACCACGAGUUCAAAAUCACCUCAGACCAUUUUUUUUAAUUCAAUGUAAUGUUGUUAUUGAUGUUACUUUUACUCUUACAAUAUCUGUGUAGCAUAUUUCACGAAAUCUGAUUGUUUUCUCUUGUAGAUCUAGUAUUCAUUUUCAGGAAACGCUGGUGAGAAAUACUUGUUUGAUCCGAUAAAUAUGGCAAUAUUUCUACCGAUAAAAUUUGGGGGGGGAAAUGGUCAGUACGCAGGAGUUGAACCAAAAAUGCAGUUUAGCAGCUAAACGUCUUAUCGGCACA